UGUUUGUAUAAAAAUGUAUUGUCAAGUCGGUAUUUUGAGGUUAUAGAACUGUUCAAACAAAUAAUAAUAUUAUUGCCGUUUAAAUUUAUCUGAUGCAAUCUUUUCAGACUUAAACUGUUAUCAACGAAUGUGUCUGUCACAAAGUGAAUAGUUUUCCUAUUACCUCGUGGUUAGAGCUUUUAUAUGUUACAAACCAGCUAGUACGGCAUAGUUAAGUUUAAGAAGCGAUGGGUCACUCCUUGUACUUUAUUCAAAGUUUGCUGAAAUUUGAUAGGGUUAUCAAUAUUAACAAGUUAAACUUUUCGGCCUUUGCAAAUGGCUUGCUCAAUGUUGACAGGAAAUGUGUGGAUCCAAGUAGCUUACUAAAUGUUGUUAAUAAAUUGCACUUGUGUCAUUCAAACUGCUCAAAUAGGCCUACCAAAGAGGAUUUGAAAUCUAAUGACGUCCAAGAAUUGCUACACAAUGCUGCAACAUUUGAACAUGAAGGCAAUGAAGAAUUGACACCAGAUAAUGUAUGGGCAACAUCACCUUAUCCUAAAGGUGCAGUUAAUCACAGACUGCAAUCUAGACAUUCUCUAAGACCAAGAGUGGAUCCUAGGGAGACAUCCCUAAUUCUGUUUCCUGGAGAAGGAAGUCAAUAUGUUGGCAUGGUAGGAGAUUUACUCGUAUUUCCAGGUGUCAAGGACAUAUUUGCUGCGACGAAUGAAAUCUUAAAGUAUAAUCUUCUUUCUCUUUGUAUGCAAGGGCCUAAAUCAAAACUGGAUGAGACUAAAUACGCUCAAGUAGCUGUGAUGGUGUGUUCAUUCGCUGCGUUAGAAAAACUUAGAGAAGAAAGGCCUAAUACUGUUGACAGUUGUAUUGCAACCGCGGGAUUUGGUGUGGGUGAAUUAACAGCACUUUCUUUUGCCGGUGCUUUCUCUUUUGAAAGAGCCGUUCGAUUGGCUCAGCUAAGAGGAGAAGCCAUGCAAACAGCCAGUGAAAUGGAACCUGGAGGCAUGUUGACGGUGAUGUACACACCGUCCACCAAAAUACACGAAGUGUUGGCGAAAGCUAAGGAGUACGCUGCAGAACAAGGUGUUGAGAAGCCAGUUUGUGAAGUUGCUCACCAUUUGUUCCCUCACUGCAAAGUAAUCGCUGGCCACAUUCAGUGCUUGACUUUCAUUGAGAAAAACAACAAGUCGUUGAAAAUAAAUAAAACCCGUCGCCUCAACAUCAGCGGCGCUCAUCAAACGAGUUUGAUGCAACCUGCUGCAUUGACUUUCAAGAAGUACCUGCAACGAUCUAAUGUACAGGAUCCUGUGAUUGCUGUGCAUUCAACUGUCACUGGGAAGAUUUAUCGCAACAGAGAGGACAUCCUGAAAAACCUACACAAACAGAUGGUGAAGCCUAUCAAAUGGGAACAGAUGAUGCAUAUCAUGUACGAACGUCCUGUUGGAUCACACUUCCCUACAACGUAUGAAGUAGGACCUGGCAACACCCUGAAAACAGUAUUGAAAAUGGUUAAUGCUAAAGCAUAUGAUAGUUGUUUCAGUGUUUUUGAUGCAACAUCUGUUUGAUGUCAUAUAGGUUUUUUUAUAAGUUACCUGAUUUAGUUAUAGAAACUUUCUACCAAGAA